AUGACCUCCCCAAGGCAGUCAAGCUGCAACCUCCGACCCGGUACAUUCGUCGACAGCAAGGCGGGAAAGCCUGCCGAUCAUAACUUAGCUCUUACUGUACUUGCACGUCUCCAUCCCGCCCUCUUCCUAGCGUCUUGCCUACAAGCCACCAAGCGAAUCGAUCGGCCAAGCGAAAAAUCCAGGGGUACGCAGAAGGGAAGUUCCUUGACGUGGUAA